GGCCAUCUCAAGUGAACGGAAGUUGUUUGCGGAAGUGACGCAUUUGAAAUCGCCGUCCAAUCACGCGACAUUCGAGGGAAGUUCAAAUUAUGGUUCUCUGCGAAACCAGCAAACAAUGGAACAUUUUGAAAUGAUCAGAUCGUGGUUGCAUAUAGCUAGCUAGUUUACUUCAGUGGCUCCAGUUGACAUUCCUCUACAUAUCGUAAAAAAUCGAUCGUGAAAAAACAUGUUUACCCCGUCAAGACACAACAGAGAAUCAACUUGUUUUCAUGAAGAAGACCCAGUUGGUAGAGACCGAAUUAUUUUCCCUGCAUUGAAGGCUUUUAAGACAAGCGAGGUGAUAUCCAGGGAACUCGAAAGUCCAGCCAAGGUAUUUGCGAGGAUGAAAGCUAGAGUACAGGCAGAGAUAAUACCGGUUGAGAACGAGAGGAGCAAAACGCCUAACCCCGUGAGAGAAAAGCGAAUCCAAGAGGAACAUGGUGGAGUAAUGAGCUCGCCUAGAAAACGACAGCAUUUGGUGAACUAUGAACAAAAGGAAACCGAGGACCUUGAAUUCACUUAUGAUGCAGAGGUUCUGACCCUUUCACCUUUUCAAUCGCCAAGCCAGGGUUUGACACAUUCACACUUUAUGGUCCACCCCCAAGACCUUCAACGACAGUCACUGUUGAAAGACAUGGGUAGUAGUGUGGUCAAGCCAACCAACAUAAAUGCACAAAAGCCAGGCCCAGCUCUGGAUGCUUUCUCAACAAAGUCCCAAAGGAAAGCUUUGUCAUACCCGCACACUCUGCUCAGCUCAAAUGACACCCAACGACCAACACCCCUCAAAGACUUAAAAAGUGCCUCCCAGACAACUAACAUAACUACACCAGUGAAAAGGUUAAAGUCAAUGGAAGAUUGCAAUGGAAAAAGUCAAUUUGGGGCACACAACAUUGUACACGAUGAACCAGAUUUCAGGUCCGAAGUUGUUUUGGAUCGACUGCCAUGCCUGGAUUCUAGAGCGAAUACGUUUUCUCUUCUGAAAGAGAGAAGACGAAAAAGGGACCAACAAGACUGUUAUCAAGAGAGCAGCCAGCAGGAUCCCAUGAAAGGAUGUGAGCGCAGCGUGUCGACCCGUGCACAACCCACAGUGGGCACCGGAGAGGACGCCAGUGUGAACGUGACCAGUAGUGUGCCCACUGGUCUAUUAGAGACCAGCAUUCCGUCGAGGCCAGAUGCCGGCCUUGGUCAGUGUGAGUUUUACCAUGACAAGCCUCCCCCUAGGCCCUUCCCAGACCUGGUGCACGACCCCCUCCUGCAGGUCUCACCGAAGAUCUCCAUUCCAAAGAAGCAGGAGGCUGUAUUCCGAGCCAAGCACAUAGCAGAGUCCACUGGAUCCAAUGUUACAGGGAUUCACCUUAGACACUGGCUCUUGAAGAGUAGGAACGACAGGUUUUAUGUGGAUGGUGUCCGUGAGGAUAACAAGAUGCCCUGGCACAGCAACCUCAUCGCAAAGCGAAUCUCAACCACGCACCUGAAGACUGCUUCUGGCAGCAUUUACAUCCUGGUGGGAAAGAUGGCCCCGGAUUUCAGCGGAACUCAACUCCCAAUAUGGCUGUUGAAGAAGUUUGUCUUUGGCUUUCCAACGGAUUGGAAGAAAUACCUUGAGCUCUUUUUGUCAGAGCCGAAAGGUUCAGAAGGUAAAAAGGGGAGCAAGGGCCUGAUAACACCCCGGAACCAAAACCACCUCUCCACCAAGACGCAGGACAACACAUCCCAAAAGCACAAUGCCACUAAGAGAUCUGCUCGUUCCUGUGCCACCCGUGCGGUGAACAGUGCUAAUGUUUCCCGGAGUGGCCGCCUUAUCAAACCUCCUCUGGAGUACUGGAAAGGGGCCAGAGUCAUCUUGGAUUCGGACAUGAACGUCACCAUUCAUGGGGGUUAUGACGAUUCGUCUAUGCUUUACUCUCAAGUCAGCACACCUGUAGCCAGAGUACUGUUAGACGGGCCACCAAAACCGGCCAAGGUUUUCUUACCUCCAGCGGAAGAGCGGCUGCGAGGUGACACUAGUGAAGAGGAGACUAUGCCUCUGAGAAAGGUGAAGGCUUAUCACCGGCCCUCGAAGUCAAAGCCAGAGGAUAAGUCACCUCACAGGGCCCCCAAGUCUCGGUGGUGUAAGGCUGAAGACAACGUCCUUUCCAGGGUCCCCAAAAGGCCCAAGAACGCCAGCCGAGAGCCUCACAGGUCCAUGUCUUUGGAGAACCCCUCUCACAGGUACAGAGGAAGACCCAAUGAAGAAAGUCCAAACUCUCAGUGGUCUAAGCCUGAGAACCUCUCCACCAAGGGUCCGGGCAGGUCCAAGAGGGUCAGCCCAGCAUCUCAGGGGUCCAAGUCUGAAGUGAUCCUCUCUCCCAAGCUCCAGGGUCGGCCCAGGAAGACUGGCCAAAGAUCUUGGAGUGCAACGGCGCCUGCCGCGUAUGCAGACCGUGCCCCACAAUCCCCUCCACGUCGCUAUCUCCGGGUUGCUAACAAACAGCACAGCGAUGACUCGGACAAAGCCAAUACAUCCUCAGAGCUGUUACCAGUGAAACAAGUCAAUUAUUCAGAAAAAGUAGACCCUCCGAGAGUGCUUGAUUUGCCAAAGAAGAGGGUCAGUCGUCAGAUGCUCCUAGCGAAACUCCUGGAUGACAUUGUGAAAGAUACGGGGAAACCUGCGCCCACAACGACCUACCCACGGAGGCUGACGCGGAAUAGGAACGUUCAGUACGUUAGUCACAGUACUGACGGAGAGUCCCAGUCUGAUGACGACUUCACACAGAAGAAAAAGCCCAAGGCAGUCAAAACGGGACCCAUAAAGUCACGGGGUACGAUAACACGUGGAAGGGUUCUGGAAGAUUCUCAGACAUCAUCGGGUGGUUCGUCGACUUCCCAGGACGACUGUAAGAAGAAAUUGAGUAAAAGGGACAGUCCACUGACACUGAGAAGAAAAGGCAGCAAGUUCCUCAGGGUUCAGCAGAGAGAAAAGGAAGAAAAUGGAGAUCAGUGGACAGAGGCAGAACUGUUGAAACUACAUGAGGCUGUGACGUCACUUCCUAAACACACUUCUGACUUCUGGGUGAACGUUGCCAUGGAGGUGGGCAGCCAUUCAGCUGAGGACUGCCAGAAGCAGUACAAUGCCCAGGCCCCCACUUUCUUGGCACCUUCCAAGGCCACCAAGAAAAGAGACAUUCAGCAGAAGAAGGAGCCAUUGGUGGAACCACCCCGAAUAACUGCAAGGAAGGGCACGCUGAAGCGGAAGCAGCAGGUGCGAAACUUCCUGGACCACAUGCCCAAAGACGACCACGAUGACAUCUUCAACAGCUCGCCCAUGCAGAACAAGCGGGUGAAGUUGCCCACAGUGUCUCCCAAUGGGAAAGAAGAUGUGUUCAUGGACUCUGAGCAUGACCCACAAACCCCCAGCUCAUCAAGAUUCCCAUCAGUGAAAACUCCUCAGUGUCUCCACAUCACCCCCGGCAUGAUGGGCUCUGUGAACAGAGACAACGAUGACCGGUAUAUCUACCAACUUCAAAAAAGAAUGAAAAAAGGCCAAGCGAAGCUGCACAAAUUGGGGGCUGCUUCAAAGUACAUGCCAACUCCAUCAGCCAAACGUGUUUUGAAGAGAUGCAAUACCGCGGAGAAUGAUUCUUUUGUGGUGUGGGAAAUGUUCCCUGACAAGGACGACCAUUCAGGGGAAAGUGGGGAAGAAGAGGAUUAUUAUUUUAUGGAUGAUGACUGAGCUGUAGAUUCACCAUGGUUCUCUUCACUAGACUCCAAGCAGGCUGAAAAGGGGAGGGACCUACCUGACUUUAUCUAAUAAGAAAUGCUAGUUUUCCUUGCAAAACGUUUAGCUAUCAUUUGUACUAAUUAAUACACCCUGUUUGGAUUAUUACGUUUUAAAACAGGACAUGAAAUGCUAUAACAUUGUCAAAAGUUAUACAUUCACUGUAUAGUUGUCAAUUACGUUCUGUGAUUCAAUCCCCACUGCUGUUUUAAAAUGUGUUUAAAAUGUUUUGUUUAUAUAUUGUGCCACUAAAUGCAGAGGCUUUUUACAAUAAAUGUUAACUCUAGUUCUUUGCGCGACUCCAAUAAAUUUGGACUUCUUUUUACUUGUUAGCAAAACUAUUUUAGAGGUACUUGUUUGGUGUUGAGAAUUUUUUUGGUUGAGGGGGGUUGCGGGCAGAACAUUUUUGCCCUUGCUACAGUCUGCUAUAUCGGUCUGCUAGUACAGGACUAGCAAAGGACCAGUGCACUACUUUUAUGAUUCUUUAAAAAAUAUAUCUAUUAUUAUUCAGAUUUUUUCAGGGGGUGUUGCAGUACCCCAACCUCCCACAGCUAUGGCCCCUGUGCCCUGAUAUGCAGCUCAGACUGAUCAAGACAUUUUGUGAGCAAACAAUCCAAUUGUUGCAGAACCAAUGAGAAUUUUUUUUUUCUUCUACACACAAUAUACAUUGUCAACUAUAUCACCGUUUACAUAUUACUGAACAACAUAAAAUGUUGGUAUAUUACAAAUUAUAGAGUAUUUCCAUCAUGAAACGGCUCAUAUAAUCUAUUUUCAGGACCCCAGAAGACAGGGCUCGUGUAGGCACGAUUGGCCCCACAGAGGUUGGAGCGAACCUUUGCUUUGAGGCAGCAGAAUGUGGACAAACUGGAAGACCUGUUGCUACUGGUGUUGGAGCCAGUCUGCACAAUAUGGUAGAAAUCGUUGUCAUGCUUAAAAUGGCAAACAUUAAGCCAUUUCUGGCUUCACGUUAACAAUCUAGUUGAUUCUGAGAUGAAACUUUAGCUACUUUUAUCCCCUUGUAUAUCAUUGUUGUAUUACCAUGUACUCUCAUAGAAGGCCUUUAUAGUACUGUCAAUCCUGUCUGUUUAAGGCAAGCAUGCAUGCUGAGCAACUUUGAGAAAGAAAGGCAUUUGUGCCUGGCCGACAGUUGCCACAGUCAAUCAUAAACCCUGCCUAUUUCAACAAUUUAUCUAAUUGAAAUGUGAUUUUAAACGUAACGUUAACCACACUUAACAUUAAAUUAAAAUCAAAAAGCACAUUUUUGUUUUCAUCCACUUUUUUACGAUAGACCAAUUUUACUUUGUGGAAACCGUUGUGCCUGUUGAAUCACACGCGUAUCUGCCCUCUAAUUGGCUAGAAUAAUCCCACCUGAUCUUGCCGCUCCUCCUGACUGCCUUGCAUUUUUGAAGAGGUUUAUUUUCAUUGUUAGUGGCUACUGGAGUAUCAGGUUAAUUUAAUGGAUAAUCUGUGACCAUCCUUACUCCAGGACUUCCUCACACAAAUUCCUUAACAACAAAGUUGCUCA